GCUCCCAGCCACCUCAUGCACGGGCCAAGAUGAGUCUGCCGGAUUACAAAUCAUCUGAGAAGCAGUCUCUGCCUGCAAAUCCACACUCUUCCGUCGUGCAGUUAAACGUCGGGGGCCAGCUGUUCAGCACUUCUCUGAGCACGCUCAGGAAGCACCCGAACUCCAAGCUGGCCGAGCUGCUCACCAGACGGACCACCGAGGCGUUCUGCGACGCGCAGGGCCGAGUCUUCAUCGACCGGGACGGUGCCCACUUCGGGGCCGUUCUCGAGUUCCUGAGGUCGGAGCGGCUGCCCGCAGGGAACAUCAAGGAGGUUCACAGGGAGGCGAUGUACUACAACAUUCAACCACUGAUCAAACGCUUGGAGGAAACUCCCCAGCUGUUCGGAGAGCUGGUGGGGAGGCAGCAGUUUCUCUCCAGAGUCCCACACUACAAAGAAAACAUCGAGGUGCUGAUUCGUAUCGCCAGAGCCGAGGCCAUCGCCGCCCGCCACUCCACCAUCAUGAUCUGCGUGCUGCGGACCGAGGAGGACUUGGGUUUCUAUGAUAACGCCAUCAGCAGCCUGGAGGCGGACAAGGUGUCCGUGGUGACAUUCGGACCCUGGAAGGAUGCCCUAUCCACCAAGGACGUGCUAGACUGCGUGAAGAUUGACAUCGAGAGUCAGGGCUACAUGGUGAGAAUCGAGCCACACAUGGGGGAGAAGAGUUUCCUGUCCAGGAGCUACGACUACUUCCACAAACUCACCUUCACCUGGUGGUGAUGAGAGGGCGGCUUUUCUCUGCAGAGGCGGGAAUUGUAAACAACCUCUUCGACGUAAGAACAGACAGCAUUUCGAAACUUUCUCAGAUCUUUUCCGAAAUACUUUAAAAAAGUUAAUGCAAAAAGAGAUGGGUCUUGAUUUAGAAAAGAUUCAGAAAAGCAUGUGUAUAUAAUAUAGUUAAAAGAUAAUGUGUUUUCUGACAAAGGCCUUUGUCUUAUGCUAAGCCUAAUUUUAGGCGAUUAUAAAUAUGGAUAUUGUUUCAUAUACCGUGUAAUGUCAGUGAAAUCUGCAGCUAAAUUUGAAUAAAAGAUGACUACUCAA